GAGAUAAAUCUGAAAUUAUAGACAUCGACAAUCCUGACAUUGCGAAGUAUCCUAAUUUUAUAAACGUGCCUCGAUACGAAUGUCAAUUACAGCCCGGUGAUAUAUUGUUCAUUCCAGCACUUUGGUUUCAUAACAUGACAUCAUUAGACUUUGGUAUAGCAGUCAACGUAUUCUGGAGACACUUGAAUGACAGCUUUUACGAUAAGAAAGAUGUUUAUAGCAACAAAGACCCAGUUAUUGCCACAAGAGCUAGUCAGAUUCUGGACCGUGCUUUAAAAACAUUGGAUGAAUUGCCCGAAGAAUAUAGAGACUUUUAUGCAAGAAAAAUGGUGACUAAAAUACAAACAAAAUGUUAUUCUAAACAUCUUGUCUGAAUUAUAUGGUACAAUCAUUUUUAUUGGUUCUCUACUCAAUGCUACUCAGGUCAGCAGCCAAUUGAAAAUGUGGUUGUUAAUAUAUAAAUUUUAUCUGGUGAAAUAUAGUAACAUGAUUAUAAACUGAUAAAACAUGCAGUACGGUAACUGUCAUUUUGUAUUAAAUUU